GUCAGUGCCAACGAUACUGCCCCGCGCGGUUGCGCGUUCUUACCUUCUUUCCUGCGCGAACGAAACGGCAGCCCUUAGGAUUCCUGUUAAAUGUGAUUCACAUCACCACUCUCACAUUUAACCAUAGGGACACCCUACAGCUCGUCGCUGGCUGGCCUAUGUUGCUGACGCGGCUGAGUGGACCCGCGGCAGCAGGCACGCCGGGCAUGCGCCCAACUCCGCAUGGGCGGCAUGGCGCCUGCCUUGGUUCACACUGGCGUGGAUGUGGAACGGCGAGCCACGGGCGCGCCUGGCGCGUCGUGGCCGCGUGCCACCUGCCCGAGGGGAGCGCGGGAGCCACCCCGGGAGUCGGGUCGCCGCCUGCAGCUGCAGCAGGGCAGGAUUCAAUGCAGCGGUUCGCGGCGAUGCUCGAUCGGAAGCUGAACCCUGUUAUGACAAGCCUUCGCCGGAUUGAAGACACAACCGCAAUACUAGUGGAGGCCGUCGUGGGCAGGGCGCUGCGUGAUCGCGAGCAGCAGAAGCAGGAGGCGGCCUCCAACAACGGCGCCCGCGGAAGCGUGAUCCUGAAGGAUGCGGCCAGUGUGGUGAAGUGCGUGCUGCCUCCCGGGCUGCCGCCACACGUGCACGAGGUGGCGGCGGGCAAGCUGGCGGCCUGGCUGGUAGAGGAGGACCGGGGCCUACGCGCUAUCCUGGAGUCGGAGCUGCGUGCGGUCCCCUCCAGGCUCACCAAAAAAGCAGACGCGGAGUGGAAGGCGGCAGCGGCUAGUGCCGCCCAGGCGGCAUUGGCAGCGCUGCAAGGUGCUGCGUGUGGGCAGCAGAACUACUCGCCGGCGCUGGACGCCCUCAAGUGCUGCGCGGACCGCCUGCCUGUCUCCCUGCAGCUGCUGGACACCUAUGCCACCAGUGACCGGGACACGGCCCUGGCGCUGAUGCGCGGCGAGCUGUGCGUGGCCGCCCUGACGGCGCUGCACCCGCUCAGCAGCGGCGAGGCCUCCUCGACCGCCACACAGCUGCAGGUGGACCGCCUGCUGCCGCUGCGCGUGUGUGCAGAGGCCGGCGGCGGUAAAGGCGGCAGCAACAGUCGCAGCGGCAGCGGAGGCGGCGACGGCGACGGCGACGGCGACGGCAGCGGCGACGGCGACGGCAGCGGCGACGGCAACGGCAGCAGCAGUGGGGGCGGGGACGGCGACGGCGACGGCGGCAGCACAUCUGGGCCCCGUGUUGGACCCGGGGUCACGGCCGUGCUGGAGAUCCAGGAGAUCAAGUCCAGCAGCGCAGGUCUUCCGACGGCGCGGGCGCAAGUGGCCCGGUGCGGCCGCAUCUUUGCGUGCGUGUAUAGCGUCCUACGGGAGCGGCUGUCGGAGGCGUUGGCCAACGCCGAGGUGCAGCUGCCGCCGACGCUGCGGCUGCAGGCCACGAUCGCGCUCGGCCAGGACGGCGAGGCCGGAGCCAGUGAGGAGCAGCGCCCGCCGCAGCUGGAGCUGUCCACCGCCGACGGCGGCUGGACCCUGAUGCAGAUGCAGUACUUGGUCCUGGCGGCGGAGACGCUGGUGCCCUGGGUGCCGGGCCGGCAGCAGUGAGCGGGCGGGCCUCGGCCUCGGCAGUGGAUGGCUGGGGGGCACGGGACGACCAGGCAGCGGCGGUGGCACUCGGCACGCCUGCUGCAACCGUGUCACGCAGCAUACCUAGCAAUCAAGCGGCCAGCCGUUGAUGCUCACGCUGCCGCUAGCUGGGCUGCGGCGCGCUGUGGCGGCGGCAGCAGCGGCGACCGGGCAGUGGGCGCUGCUCACAGCUUCUUUGGGGUGUACGGCGGUGCUGGCGGCGUGGUCCACGGUCGUGGGCGGUGGUUGGGACCGCAGACACAGCUGGCGCGGUGAUGUAGCGAUGUACACGAGGCGAGGGCUUCUGAGACUGAUCGCUGUGUUGCUUUCCCCGACAGUGCCACGGCACGGCAGGGGCUUUAGGGUGGAGGGUAAGUGUGUGAGGAGAGCGAGGGAGUUCUUUUAUGUGCGGCACGUCUUGAAGGUGUUUGCUCGUGUAGCGGCUUGUGCGAGGGUAAGGCACGUUCGUGUUAGAUACACCGUUGACUUCAAUGUGUCUGACCCAUACUGGCGGGCGUUGUGCCACCAGAGAACCCGGGGCACCACCACAAAGGCCCCGGGAGUGCCGCCAGGAACGCAUACAUCUGUUUGUUCUGGCGCAAUUUGCAAAGACAGUAUGCAGGAUUGACCUUUUAAAUGCCUGGUUUUUACUAUGGCGCUGUGUUUGUAUGUGCAUCCCACCACCCCCUCACUGCAUUACAAACACAGCGCCAUAGUAAAGACCAGGCAAUGAAAAGGUCAAUCCUGCAUGCUGUCUUUGCAAACCAGAGCCAGAGCAAACAGAUGUAUGCGUUCCUGGCGGCGCUUCCGGGGCCUUUGAACACGUACAUCUGUGGACUUGAAUACUUGAUUUAAAUGGUCAAGCCUGCAUUCUGCCUUUGCAAAUUGAGCCUGAGGAACGGAAGCAAACAGAUGUAUGUAUUUUUUUGGUUUUUACUCUGGCGAUGUGUUUGAAAUGCAGUGAGAGGGUGGUGGUGUGGUCAUACUGUCUGCGUGCCCACUUUUUGCACUGCCGGGGUUGGGUAGGCCUGCUGUUUGCUGCACAUGAUGCAAUGGAUGGCGGUGGAGCGCGGCGGCGGCGCACGGCCUGUGCCCAGCAGCGGCGGCGUGCAUGUGCGUAGCAGAGGGGGCAGGCAUGGCCACGUGGAGGAGGAGAGCGGUGCGCUGCCUGAGCAGCGGCGCAGGCGGGCAGGUUGAGAACGCUGGUCUUUGUGGCGAGCAUAGCGUACAUAGCGUAGCGAUUUAUUGCUAUUUGGUUUGUUGCCGGCUGUGCUUGUACUUGGCAGCGGGGUGCGGCUCGACACAUGGCGGGUGGUGCCUGUACGAACCGACCCCGGCUGUGUCCGGGAGAUGAGGUAGUUUCGAAACCUUCGGCCUCGGACAUUGCACCAACGUGGCGUGGCCGCACAGCUCAAUUUUCCCCUGGAGACCUGUCUUGUCCGCACCCGUGGUUGUUGGCUUCCAGGAGUGGCAUGACUCCUUGACGGGUCUACCAAGUGGUGCAGGCUGCUAAGACAGCUUGUGACGGCGUUCUGCCUUUGAGAGAAGUCAGUGUUGUGCUUGAGGGGGCGAUCACUCCCAUUGCAUAGAUGAGAGUAGCUGAGCCGUGCUGGGCAGGCGGGCGAGGGGGAGGGGGAGGGGCGGUGGCGGACUGGAGGUAGGACUGGAGGUAGGGGAGGAGGUAGGGCAGGAGGUAGCGGCGGUAGCGGAGGCAGGAGCACUGGGUGGAGGUGGAGCGCUGGCACUGGCGCAGGCGGGGGCUUUUGAGGGUCAGAUCCAAAGGGGUGCAGGCGACGGCAUUUUGAUUUGCGUGUCGGCACGGCGUGUUUACUUGAAUGCAGUCAGGUGGAGGCAAGGCUUGACGUGUAUUGAGUGAUUCGGUUAUGCGGACAGUCACGCGGAAACGCGGGUGUAGCGCCGAGCUGGGGGACACGAGGCGCCGAGCCGGGGGUGCGGGGCGCCAGUCCAGAGCAGGGGGCUAUCGUCGCGAGGCCCUAGGCAUCGCGGAUGAGACAGGUAA